GGCAGAGUUGAGUCAUAGCUAUCGUGAAGAGGAUCGCAUAUCCAGAUAACGUUACAUUAAAAAGCGACGAAAAAAUCAUAAUGAUCGGAAAGCUUUUGUGUUUACUCAGUUUGCAACUUGCUUUCGUCGGAGCAAGACAACUGUCAGCAACGCCUUAUGACCAAACGUGGGCACGCGCGUGCCUGGAUAACGAGCGCUUCACAAAAAUAGUAAGCAGACACAAUAACUACAAGGAAGACAGACAGUGGGAGUUCACGUGCGAGCCUUCAGGGGUAACCCUGACGAAUUGCAAAUGGACUGGCUACCAAAAUGGCUAUGAUGGAAAACUUGAUUACACAUGUCAAGAUGGGGUAAUUAAUGGAAUAAAAAGCGUUCAUAACAAUUAUUAUGAAGACCGUCAAUGGGCUUUUUACUGUUGCGACAUGGGUCGCUAUAUUAAACGUUGUGCUGACACAGCUGAAGUGAACUACUUGGAUAAUACACUAAAUUUUAAAAUCAUGCCUGGCUACUUUCUCAGUGGCAUGUCAAGCCUUCAUUACAGUCAUUAUGAAGAUCGCAUUUUCAGGUUUUUCGUUUGUCGCUUUUGAAAUCGAGGACGAACAAGGAGAUCCUUUUAGUGAAUAUUGAUGGUAGAUUGCCGGAUUAAUUCUAUUUUGGGAUAUUGUAGUUCCUUAAGUAUUCUAACUUGUGUUCUCAAUCAAUGUUGUAGUUAAUUAUUUUGUUGUGAUUACAUAUUAAUAAAAAAUGAUGC